UCAACUCUUCGAGAACUGCUUGCCCCUUGCAGAAAACGCCUUCCAGAUGGUUGACCUGGCCCUGAAUGUGUGCUUCCUAGGCCCUUUCCUCUUAAGGAUGGCUUUAGCAGAAAAUGUGAGGAAGUUUCUGUCCUCCUGUUACACCAUUGCAGAUUACUGCACUAUACCACCAGCCAUCUUUGGAGUGAUUAUUGGGAGGUCUUUUGUUGGUCUGCAGUUCAUGAGGAGCAUCUUCUUACUGAAGGUCCCAGAAAUUGGAGGAUCUGUUGAGAUAUCCCGUGGGUUUCUCAUCAGGAAGUCCCUGUCCAAGGUUCUAACUGUCUGGUUUUUGAUGGCCGGGCUCAUGCAUUUAAAUGAGGGUCUUGGCGACUCCACUUCUUUGGAGGAACCGCAUGAGUUGACCUAUGGAACUUGGCUCUACUUCACAGUGGUAACACUAACUACUGUCGGCUAUGGUGACAUCACGUGCAAGACAACGCUAUGCAGAUGUUACCUGAUAAUAUCCAUAGUCUUUACUCUGGUUUUAUAUGCAACAUAUAUACCUGAGCUGGUGAUGAGGAUCGGCAAACUGGAAACAAAUGUCAUGCCAUAUGUACCGAUAUUGGCUCGCAGGCACAUUGUGUUCUGUGGCUUCCUGGACCCUCAAAAGAUCCGCUCCUUUGUGACACGUUGGAUAGACAGGGGAGUUGACCUUGUCUUUCUGGGCGAUUGUACUCCGGGCAAGGAUGUUGAAGACCCCUUCCCAUCACUCCUAGACUUGCGUCCUGUUCAAGGCCUGGUUCAAGAUGGUCAACAACUUGUUGGGAUCCAUGAAGCCCGUGCAUGUAUUUUCCUUUCAAGCCAAAAGAAUUUGGACCAAGAAGGGGAAGAUUUCGGAAACAUCUGCUCGGCAUUGUGUGCCUCGCGUUCCACUACUUCUCCAGUCCUUUUGGAAUUGCUGCAGUGCAAGAGCAAGAAACUCUUUGAUGAGCUUCUCCAGUCAAGACCAGAACGCAAUCUGAGUGUCUUCUGCUAUGCAGAGUUUAAACUUAGACUGGUGGGCUAUUCAUGUCUCGUCCCUGGAUUCUCCACAUUACUGGCAAACCUUAUUUUGCCAGAUAUGGAAAAAGAUAUGGGCAAUCAGACCUAUGAGCUCAUCUGGGAGAAAGAGUACAACUUUGGCAGAAGCUCUUUUAUCUACACUACCCGUUUGUCGGCCUCUUUUGAAAGCCUGACAUUGCAUGAGGCUGUUGAAUUAUGCUACAAGAAGUUGGGGCUCAUCCUUUUAGGCAUCAAAACUGAUGAGGGCAAAAGUAGCAAGAUCAUUGUUUAUCCUAGCAAUGCAUAUUUUGUCAUCCCAGAAAAUACUGUGGGAUAUUUUUGCACUCGGGAAAUUGAGAUUCUUCAAAGAGCUUCAUUAUAUUGUUCCUUGUGCAGUCAGGAUGAGGAAGGACUGUUUGAUGGCCCUUGUAAAUGUGAUAAGACUGAAAAGAGAAAGAUGAAAGUUAAGACCCAGGAUUUUGACAAGACCUCACUCUGUGCUUCUGGUGCUGGACCUGCAAGACCUUUACAGACAGUAGAUGAGAAUUUUGUUGGCUCCUCUGAGAAAAAGUUUGAGGAGUUCAUAAAGACACAAGAUGAGCUGAAGGCUUUUGAUUUAGACGGCCAUGUAGUUGUCUUCGUCUUAGCCAAUCAAGAUUCGCCAGCCAGUGGACUCGAGAACCUAUGCCACCCUUUGAGGUCCAAUUGUGUCCAUCCUUCUCACCUCCAUAGGAUCAUCAUCAUAGGACCACUCGACUACCUGAGGAAAGAAUGGGUCCAGUUACGGGGAAUCCCUGAGAUUUACUUUGCUGAUGGUUAUCCAUGGGCCAAAGAAACCCUAGAGGUUGUGAAACUGGCCUCUUGCCAGAUGUGUGUCCUCCUCAAUGCUGGGCCAGAGAAACUGGAUUCACAUUUCAACUUCGCAUUUGAAGUGCUGAAGGUGACUUCAAGUCAGUUAGUUCGCACCAAGAACAAGGCAGCUAUGAUGUUUGGCGGUGCUCCCACAGUGAACGGACAGUGCAACUUCUGUAAGAGGCUUCCUGUUCUAGUGAGCCAUAUCACUGAUGAGCCGAUGACACCUGCCAAUGACACCCUUGCAGUGGCCGUAGGAUGGACAAUUCCUCCUGCACUCUGUCUCUCUUUUGCAUAUUUGAACUAUGACAGAUCAGACAUCCUCAGCUUUGCAUGCACACUCCUGCAAGGCGGACUAUCACCUGAAUCCCUUGUGAAACAAAGUUGUGUUGGUUAUGAUCAGGUUCAAGUACGAUUACUGGUUCCUCUAGAUGCAAAGUGUGAGACAAUCAAUAAUGGAGGAACAUAUGGAGAACUUUUUUGCCUCGCUCUGCAUAACAACAUGCUAUGCCUUGGACUCUACAGAGAACUGGUUGAAAGUUCUGAAGAACCUCCUUUGAGGUACGUGAUAACAAACCCUGAGGAUAAUUUCAAAGUGUACUCGACUGACCUCAUGUUUGUCCUGUGCCGCAGAUCAAAGGUAAAAAGGUCUAGGUUUUUGCCAUAGCUCAAAUGUAAUACUGAUAAGUAAGGACAAGUAUCAUCAUAGGUAUGAUGAUAGUUAUUUAUAAGAUAUCAAUAUCAUUAGUCAUUUCUGUUAUUUUUAAUGUCUUCAUCGAUGUCAUUAUUUAUGUUAAUUUUAUUUGGAAUAUCUUUGGAAAGUGAAUGUCUUUUUAAUAACCGUCAUGACAGUGAUGAUAUACUGUCAAUGUCUCGAUAAUUUGUCACAAAAUCAACAGCUUCUUAAAUAUAGUCUCUCUGGUAAACUGCCUUGAGGAUCAGCCAGGUGUUAGUCAUGAUCGUAGUCAUGUACACCGGUGAGUAUGUGAUAGAGCUGCACACCAGCUUGAGUAUCUGUUUCAGUGUUUGUAACACAUCAUGUGUCACGUGUGUUUGAACAU